CCAUGUCAGAGUUUGAGGUGGAUACAUCUAUAUCCAGUGCCAGAGAUCCAGAAUCUGACCAGAGAGAAGAAUCUACUGAAAAGAAGUUGACCUUUGACAUUUCUGACCCUGAGGGAGAAGGUCAUCAACAAGAAGUAAAAGUGAAAAAAGAAGAGGCAGAUUUUGCAUCCAGACCAGAAAGUCAUCUUUUGAAUUUACACUAUAGUGUAAAUGAAAUUGAAAUUGGGAAUUUCAAACAAUCCAUAAAUGCUUGUGAAAGUGAAAGGCCCAAUGCAUGUAACAUCUGUAGGAAAACGUUUAAUCAUCCACAUGAGUUACAGAGACACAUUAGUAUACAUACUGAUGAUAAACGUCAUAAAUGUGAUGUGUGUGAAAAGUCUUUCAAAUGGACAAGGGACUUACAGAGCCACAUGAGAAAACAUACAGGUGAUAGACCUUAUAAAUGUGAUGAAUGUGGAAAGGCAUUCAAAUGGACAAGUAACAUACGGAGACACAUGAGGACACAUACCAGUGAAAAAUCUUUUAAAUGUGAUGUGUGUGAAAAGGCAUUCAUAUGGACAAUUGACCUAGAGAGACACAUGAGGACACACACAGAUGAUAAGUCUUAUAUGUGUGAUGUGUGUGGGAAGGCAUUCACUCGGUCAAGUACCUUACAGGCACACAUAAGGACACAUACUGGUGAUAAACCUUAUACAUGUGGUUUAUGUGGGAAGAAAACCUACCAGUUAGGUCACUUAGAGUCUCACAUGAGGACUCAUACAGGUGAAAAACCUUAUAAAUGUGAUGUAUGUGGGAAGGCAUUCAGCCAGUCACAUUAUUUGAAGAGUCACAAGAGGACACAUACGGGCGAAAAACCUUAUAAAUGUGAAGUGUGUGGAAAGGCAUUCAACUGGCCAGGAAAACUACAGAUACACAUGAGAACACAUACUGGUGAAAAACCUUAUAUAUGUGAUGUGUGUGGGAAGGCAUUUACACUGUCACAUCACCUACGAGAUCACGUAAUUAUACAUACAGGUGAAAAACUUUGUAAAUGUGAUGUGUGUGGGAAGGCAUUCAACAGAUUAAGUACUUUACAGACACACAUAAGGCUACAUACAGGUGAAAAACCUUAUAAAUGUGAUGUGUGUGGGAAGGCAUUCAGCCUCUCACAAAACAUACUGAAACACAUGAGGACACAUACAGGUGAAAAAUCUUAUAAAUGUGAUGUGUGUGGGAAGGCAUUCAAUUUCUCAGAAAGCUUACUAAGGCACAUGAGGACGCAUACAGGUGAAAAACCUUAUAAAUGUGAUAUGUGUGCGAAGGCAUUCACCAGAUUACAUAACUUACAGAGUCACAAAAGGACACAUACAGGUUAAAAACCUUAUAUUUGUGAUUCGUGGUGGAAGGCAUUCAACCUCUCACAAAACGUACAGAGUCACAAG